AUGUUUGAUAAUAAAAAUCAUAAUAAUAUACCAAUGUCCGUGUACAAGGUUUCAUGUGAAAAAAAUAAUGAAAGAAAGAAAAGAAUACUACAAAAACGUAAUUUUUAUGAAUGUAACUUAACAUCCUACCCUACAUCGUCCCUUGGACGUGUGACUAUGAGAGAAAGAGAAAAUGCAAACGUUAAGCAAAUUUGUAAACCUGUAAAUUCGGUUGCUAAAAUAAAUGAGAUACAAAAUAAUGUUGCAAAAUGUCAACCAAUCAAUGCGCCAAGUAAAAUAAAUGUAUUUUAUAAUAUCAGAAACAAUUUAGCUUCACAAACCGAAAAUAAUUUACUACUGCAAAAAAAUGAAGGCGAUAUAAUAAGGCAAGAAACGUUUACACAAAAAAGCAAACAUGAUUUAGAAUUUGAAAAACCAAAUAAUCUUGUAAAUAUUGAAAACAAAAUUGACAAUUUGAUUAAGUCUAUAAAUUUAUUUAUUGGAGAAAUAAAAACAAGAAAUAUAAGUAAAAAAGAGGAUUAUAUUCCCUUACCAAAUAAACUUACACAGGUUUCAAAAGAUAAAAUAAACGAAAUAAAAAGUGAAACAUGUAAUCUUUUAAAGAAGCGAAAUAAAGAUAUAUACAAUAACAAUUCAAUUACUACCGUUUGGCAUAGUCCCAUACCAUACCAUAGUGUUCCUACCCAUAUACAAACCCAUAAUGAAAUACUCAAUUUAAAAAAACCGUCAACAAAUAAUAAUAACGUAAGUGAAAAAGAAAUUAAUGUAAGAAACAAAGGAAUUAUAUCACAAAAUAAUUCAAGGUCAGGCAUACAAAACACAAGACAAGAAAAAUCAACAGAAAUGACUUCUUUUCUUCACACGGGGGUAAAAGCUAGUAAAGUUGUUAUUACAGAAAAAAAAUCAUCAGCUUUACGUUUGCAAAAGGUAGAAAAGAGAAGUAAAGCUGCGAAUACGGAUCCUCUUAGUGUUCUUGGUUUGUUAAGAGUAUCGACCGAAACCAUAAGGCAGCUUUUGUCUUACGUGCCAGCCAUUGAUUAUUUUUCUUAUUUACCCCUUCUACAACUUCCAACUCUUCCAACUUCAAAUGAAAGAGUUGAGCUUGAAUAUGUUUGCAAAAUUUGCGGGGCAGCUUUUGAUAAAGCAUCACAGCUUAAUGCCCAUAUAAAAGGACAUGAAUUGAGCGUUACAAGGUAUGACUGA